UUUGUUUUUCCUUUUUACUUUCAAUUUCCUUUCUUUUCUUUUCUCUUUAUUUUUCUUUGAACAAUAUGCUUAGAACAGCUGCUACUCGUUUAUUCAGCGCAAAGAAUGUUACUGCAUUCGCAUCUAUGCGUGCCUUAUCCACCAGUGCACCUCGCUUCUCAGAAAAAUUAUCAAUCACAUUGCCUGAUACAUCUUUCGAGACUUACAACUUGGAAAAGCCCAGUUUAGAAUUAGAAAUUUCCAAAGAUGAAUUAUUGGAUAUGUACACUAAGAUGACCACCAUGAGACGUAUGGAAAUGACUGCUGAUGGUCUUUAUAAGGCCAAAAAGAUUCGUGGUUUUUGUCAUUUAUGUAACGGCCAGGAAGCUGUCUCGGUUGGUAUGGAAGCUGCUAUCACCAAAAAUGAUCAUAUCAUUACUGCUUACAGAUGUCACGGUUUCACCUAUCUUCGUGGUCAAUCCGUCGAAGCUAUCUUGGCUGAAUUGAUGGGUAAGAGUACUGGUGUCUCCAAGGGUAAGGGUGGUUCCAUGCACAUGUAUGCCGAAUCCUUCUACGGUGGUAACGGUAUUGUUGGUGCUCAGGUUCCUCUUGGUGCUGGUGUCGCCUUUGCUCAAAAGUACCUCGAAAACCCUUCCGUCACCUUUGCUCUCUACGGUGAUGGUGCUGCUAACCAAGGUCAAGUCUUUGAAGCUUUCAACAUGGCUAAGCUUUGGGAUCUUCCUUGUGUCUUUGUCUGUGAAAAUAACAAAUACGGUAUGGGUACCUCUGCUGCUCGUGCUGCUGCCAACACUGAAUACUUCAAGCGUGGUGAUUAUAUUCCUGGUCUUAAGGUCAAUGGUAUGGAUGUCUUGUCUGUUUUCAAGGCUUGUCAAUUCGCUAAGGAAUGGACUACUUCUGGAAAGGGUCCUCUUGUCAUGGAAAUGGCUACUUACCGUUAUGGUGGUCACUCCAUGUCUGAUCCCGGUACCACUUACCGUACUCGUGAAGAAAUUCAACACAUGCGUUCUACUUCAGAUCCUAUCACCGGCUUAAAGCAAAUCUUGAUUGAAAAUGGUGUUGCUUCUGAAGCUGAUCUCAAGAAUAUCGACAAGGAUGUCCGUAAGAGCGUCGAAGAAGCCGCCAAGAGAGCUGAGGCUGCUUCUGAACCCGAUGUUAAGAACUUCUAUACUCAUAUCUAUGUUGAAGGCUCCCAACCUCCUCGUGUCCGUGGUCGUGAACCCAAUGAAUUCUACAUUCACAACUAGAUUCCCCUUCAGUACCAAUUGAUAUACGCCCUUCAAUCGUGGUUUCUUUUUAUUUUAAAUAUACGAACUUCUCCAAUCCCCGCAAGAGUUAGUCUCUCUCUAUCCUCUCCCUCUCCUUAUCUGUCUUCUUUUUUUCUUCAGUUACAUAAUAUAGUAUAGAGUCUUUAAAAAAAGGAAAGCAAAGAAAAAAAAAAAAAAAAAGAAAGCCGCAUAUAUCUCUUUUCGCCUAUCAUGGAGAAGUUCAAUCUAAUCCCUCUCUUUUACAAUCUACCUUUAUUGUAUUCUCUUUUCUUUUCUUUCCUAUUUUUAUAGUUAUUUGCUCUCUUGAAAAUAAAUAUGUAUACAUGUAUAUGUUUAUAUGUAUUAUACAAAUUAUACUUUUUUUUUUCAGAAAUUGAAUUUCUUUCAGCUUUAAAAACGGAAAAUCUAA